UCUCAUCGUGCCAUUUGGUGAUGAAAGGUCCGAGUGCGUUCAAGACUGUUUGACUUUGGAACACUUUAUUGGAGUUAUUGCCUGAAUUUCUGACAAAUUUCUGCUUCUUUGCGCAGUGCUGUAUCCAGAAAGAUCAACAUGAUGACCAAACACUUUGGGAAAAGUGGGAAUGUGAGUGAGCUUGUGAGCUCCCUCAGCUGGCUCGAGGAGGACGGCAGCUCCCAGGAUGGAGAUGAAAGUCCAGAGAUGAGGAGCCACGACCAUGGCCUUAUUCUGGGUGGUCGGAUUCACUCCUGCGGAGAACUGGGCAGUGAGGACAUGGAGGAGGAAGAGGAGGAGGAGGAGGAGGAUGACGAGGAGGAGGAUGAACGUAAUGGAGAAAAUGGCCCCAAAAGGAGAGGCCCCAAGAAGAAGAAGAUGACCAAAGCUAGGCAGGAGAGGUUUCGUGCUCGAAGGAUCAAAGCCAAUGCCAGGGAGCGUUCUCGGAUGCACGGCCUAAACAAUGCUCUGGAUAACCUGCGCAGGGUGAUGCCCUGCUACUCCAAAACUCAGAAACUAUCAAAGAUUGAGACCCUACGGCUGGCGCGCAACUACAUCUGGGCUCUUUCUGAGGUGCUUGAGAAUGGUCAGUCCACAGAGAGUCAUGGGUUUGUGGAGAUGCUGUGUAAAGGUCUGUCUCAGCCCACCAGUAACCUUGUGGCUGGCUGCCUGCAGCUUGGGCCCACCCCUCUGAUUCUCAACAAGCUUGAGGACAAGUGUGGAGGUCAAGGAAUGGGUGACGCUGUGGCUGGACAUCCACUCAGCUACCCAUCCCCAGGACUUCCCAGCCCACCCUAUGGCUCCCUGGAAACAUCCCACCUACUUCACAUGAAGGGAUUCAAAGCUUCUGUAUAUGACAACCCCUCCCCUAACGACUGCAACAGUGGCACCCCUUUGUACGAUGGGCCCCUCACUCCCCCCCUCAGCAUCAGCAGUAACUUUGCCCUGAAGCAGGAGCCUUCUCCACAAGAAUCAGAAAGGAACUACACACCCCACCCUGGCCACCAUGCCCACUACCUCUCAGCCCACCACUUUCCCUCUUCCACGGCUGGCAGCCUACCAGGGGGUGCUCAGGCUCACCCAAUCUUCCAGGCUUCUCGUUAUGAGGUGCCCCUGGAUGUGGCCUUUGAGUCAUUCACUCCCUCUCACCUGGUCACCUCUCAGAUGGGCACCAUCUAAGAUCUAAUAAAACCAGUCAGUGACUGGUCAGAAACUGUCCACAGAAGUGGAUCUGCCAACUGUACAAACUGUUGUUGGACUGACUGUGUAGAAAAAUGGUUUAUACUGAGCACUCUGGGCUCAGAGAGUGAAAGACAUUUAAUCUCAACUCAGUCUACCUGAUGCAAAUAUGCACCCAUGUUUAUCCUUUUAUUUAUUCUUUUUUUGUUUGAUCAGACAUUGGUGUUUGAACUCUUAAUUAUUUUUGAUCUGAAUGUUUGCCCUGCAGUUAUGAAAGAGUCAAAUGUACCAAAACCACUCAUGCAGAAGUAAAAUACAACUAGAGCUGAUAUCUGAACUCAAAGGUUCUGAGAAUAAAUUGAUCCAAAAUCCAUCCAGCUUAAAUCAUGCACUAAGGUCUACAGUCUUGAUUUUUAAGACAGCAACUAUUUAUAAAUGUAUUUAAUAUUUAUUUUGAUAAUGUAUUGUCCUCUUUUUUUUAAAUGUUCUCUGCACAGUUAAUGGGUCACCGUCUUCUUGGUUUGUUGCUAUCCACUGGUAGCUGUACUAUACUUAAGCUAUUUAUUUUGAGGUCUUUCAGGUACUCGUUCAUUUUUGUGUUGCCAUUUUUGUCACAUGUGCUGUUAAUAUUUUGCUGUUUCGCACUUAUUGAAAUAAAUAUUCUUAUAUUAUAUGAUAUUUCCAUAGAAA